AUGAGCGCUCCUGCAGCAGGUGCUAACGCCGGAAGCGACGAUGCCGCCGACAGGAACGUCGAAAUGUGGAAGAUCAAGCGGCUUAUUAAGAGUUUGGAACUUGCUCGAGGAAACGGAACGUCCAUGAUUUCGCUUAUCAUUCCUCCAAAAGAUCAAGUAGCUAGAAUCAACAGAAUGCUUGCUGAAGAAUAUGGAACCGCCUCUAACAUCAAAUCUCGUGUGAACAGAUUGUCUGUAUUGGGAGCUAUUACAUCUGUACAGCAGAGACUGAAGCUUUACAACAGGGUUCCACCGAAUGGGCUAGUGGUCUAUUGUGGAACAAUCAUGACGGAUGAAGGAAAAGAAAAGAAAGUCAACAUCGACUUCGAACCUUUCAAGCCAAUCAACACCUCCUUAUACCUUUGUGACAACAAAUUCCACACUGAAGCUUUGCAAGGUCUUCUUGCUGACGAUAAUAAGUUUGGUUUUAUUAUCAUGGAUGGUAACGGUUGUUUGUUUGGAACACUCCAAGGAAAUACUCGUGAAGUUCUUCACAAGUUUACUGUCGAUUUGCCAAAGAAACACGGUAGAGGAGGACAGUCUGCUGUUCGGUUUGCUCGUCUUCGUAACGAAAAGCGUCACAACUACGUUCGCAAAGUCGCUGAAAACGCUGUUGAAAUGUUCAUCAAAAAUGACAAAGUCACCGUUUCUGGAUUAAUCCUUGCUGGAAGUGCUGAUUUCAAGACGGAACUCGGUCAAUCCGAUAUGUUCGAUCAAAGACUUCAAGCAAAAAUGAUCAAGACUGUCGACAUUGCUUAUGGUGGAGAGAACGGCUUCAACCAAGCUAUUGAACUGGCUGCUGAUACUCUUGCCAGUGUCAAGUUCAUCCAGGAGAAAAAACUAAUCGGAGGUUAUUUCGAUGAAAUCAGUCAAGAUACCGGAAAGUACGUGUUUGGAGUCAAAGAUACCCUUGCUGCUCUGGAGAUGGGUGCCGUCGAGACUCUCAUUUGCUGGGAGAAUUUGGAUAUUGUUCGGUACAAAAUGAAGAAUUCGGAUGGAGAAGACAUACUGUUGAACUUGAGACCUGAUGAAGAGAAAGACAAAACCCAUUUCACUGACAAGGAAUCUGGACAAGACAUGGAAAUCAUCGAGACUAUGCCAUUGUUGGAAUGGUUUGCAAACAACUACAAGACUUUUGGAGCUGCUUUGGAAAUCGUUACAGACAAAUCGCAAGAAGGUGCUCAAUUUGUUCGAGGAUUCGGAGGAAUCGGGGGUCUUCUUCGUUACAGAGUAGAUCUGGCACAUGUCAAUUCUAAUAGUAUCAUUUCAAAAUCAUUAAUUUCUAAAUCCCAUAUCGCAUCUUAUCCACAAAUUCUAUUUUUUAUCAUCGAGUUGGCGCCCCUUGUCCCUCCCUACUGUCGUUCCGUUCGGUCUGUUGAUGCUCUUCGCUCAGCCGGCAACACCCUUGAGGUAUGCCGGCAUUAUGGAAAAGAAACGUUUCACUCCUGGAACAAACAAGCAAUUGGCACCGUGAAUAUGAGGACUAAGGUAGAGGCACGGGCGACCCACAAACACUCGAUGACUUCAACCCUUUCGCUUCAUUCGGUGGAUGUUUCUACUCGCAAUUCCAAUGACAUUUUGUCGAUAUAA